CCAACACCAACAGCAUUAAAUUUUCUCAGUUUUCGUUUUCUUUCUUAUAUAGUUAUGAAAAAGUUGAGUUUGAAAUUGCCAUCUGGUUAUAGAUUUUCUCCGACAGAGCAGGAGAUCAUCGAACUCUUCCUGAAGUCGAAGAUCACUGGGAAUGAGAAAGAGAUUAACCACGUUCCCGAAAUUGAAUUUUAUGAUCAUGAGCCUUGGGAUUUACAGCAUAUAAGUGGGAUAGAUUCAAAGGACAAAGAGUGGUUCUUCUUCAACGCACAGAGCCCGAAGCAUCAGAAUGGGAAUCGGAAGAACAGGACAACCAUGGAAGGGUUCUGGAAAGCAACUGAUAAAGAUAGGGAAAUCAGGUCCAGAGGGAGUUUGAUUGGAAUGAAAAAGACUCUAGUCUACCAUAGAGGGCGUACUCCUAACGGAGAAGGGACCAAGUGGGUGAUGCAUGAAUACCGCAUAACCCAGGAAGAGUUUGAUGGAACACACCCCGGUCAGGUUGGCUUUUGCUUUUCAGUUUAUUUAAUUGAUGUGAUAUUGACCUGAAAGUUUUUUCUUGAUUGCUCAAGAGAAAUUUUCUUAUGUUUAUUUUGCCUUUCAUUUUUUGUGUUGAUUUAAGAUCGUUUUGCCUUCAAAAUCAUUGGAGGUUACUUUAAAGUGGGUUGAUUCAAUUAAAAAGGGUUGUGGAAGCUGUUAAAUUUGUUAAUUUUAAGUGAGAGUUAACAUUCUUGCUGAAUUAAUGAUCUCUUGAUAUGUUUAAUUGGUGAAUUAAGUGAGUUAUCCUUACUUUAAAAAGGUAGGCUGUUGGCUUUUAUGA